CUGCGCGCGGCCCUGGGUAUCCCCUCCUGCUCAAGCGAGAGCUGCAGCCGCUUCUGUUGCUGCUGCUUCUCCCGCCAAGCGCUGAGGUGAAGGCAACGGCGGAAGAGGAAAAAGCGGAGCCUCUAGCCGCACCUUGAGGAAGCUCAGAGUGGAGCACGUGGUUCUUUCCGCCCACCUCCCUAUUCUGUCUGCAGUGACUGGUCUCCAAGGGCGCAGCCAGUGAGCUUCAUACGGUAGCUGAGUGGAGAAUUUGAAGCUUUGAAGUUGCCCCAGCCCUCUUGUAGGAGACACCCUCCUUGGAAUUGGCUUGCACUUCCAUCCGGUGAAGUGCCCAGAUCCUGGCGUGCUAGUUUUCACAGCCAUGGCAACGGUAGAGAAGAAGCCAGAUUCAGAAUCAGCCAAAAGACAAUCAACACCCUCCACUUCAACCAAUCAGAGCAAGCCUGCCCCUGUAAAACCAAACUAUGCCCUGAAGUUCUCGCUGGCAGGACACAACAAAGCUGUCUCAUCAGUGAAAUUCAGUCCCAAUGGGGAGUGGCUGGCCAGUUCUUCGGCUGAUAAGCUCAUAAAAAUCUGGGGCGCCUAUGACGGCAAAUUUGAAAAAACCAUAUCUGGCCACAAGCUGGGAAUCUCUGAUGUCGCUUGGUCAUCCGAUUCAAACCUCCUUGUAUCUGCCUCAGAUGACAAAACACUCAAAAUUUGGGAUGUGAGCUCAGGGAAAUGCUUGAAAACCCUGAAGGGGCACAGCAACUAUGUUUUCUGCUGCAAUUUCAACCCACAGUCCAACCUCGUCGUCUCAGGAUCGUUUGAUGAGAGUGUGAGGAUAUGGGACGUCAAAACUGGGAAGUGCCUAAAAACCCUGCCAGCCCAUUCUGACCCGGUUUCAGCAGUGCAUUUUAACCGUGAUGGCUCCCUAAUAGUGUCCAGCAGCUAUGAUGGCCUCUGCCGAAUCUGGGAUAUAGCAUCAGGACAGUGUUUGAAAACACUGAUUGAUGAUGACAACCCCCCUGUGUCUUUUGUGAAGUUCUCUCCCAAUGGCAAAUAUAUUCUAGCGGCAACGUUGGACAACACUCUUAAGCUUUGGGACUACAGCAAAGGAAAGUGCCUAAAGACCUACACAGGCCACAAGAACGAGAAGUACUGCAUCUUUGCCAACUUCUCCGUUACUGGUGGAAAGUGGAUCGUGUCUGGUUCAGAGGACAACCUGGUUUACAUUUGGAAUCUCCAAACAAAAGAGACUGUGCAGAAGCUGCAAGGGCAUACAGAUGUUGUGAUCUCUACUGCCUGCCAUCCGACGGAGAACAUCAUUGCCUCAGCAGCUCUAGAAAACGACAAAACAAUUAAACUUUGGAAGAGUGACUGUUAAAAUGCUUUCAGCAACACUUCAGAGACGGCUGGGGGGGUGUGUGUCUGGAAAACAUAGGGGUAUUUUGUGUUCGUGCUUU